ACAUCGUAGCUCUAGGACCCAGGAGAAUAACUCGCAGGACAGUUUAUUUUUUGAGUGAUGAAAAGAACCUGCUCGCAGAAGACUAAGGGGACUGUGCAAGUCAACUGGCUAGUGUGGAUAGUCACUGCGCCGCCAGAGAGAGAGAGAGAAAUAAAUCACCUACAAUCCACUCGAGGAAGAUCUUCCCCCUUUUUUCUUCCAUCCAUCCCUCCCUCCCCAGACCCCUCUCCCAGACACAAAGUCCGUAUUCAGCGCACCGGGACUCGGUUGGAGGAGCGCGUUUGGAUAACGGGAGGUUUCUGGAGAUCACCAAAUAGAGCAGCCGCGUAGUGCGCACUGUCUAAUCAACCGAUCAGUCAAUCAAACAUUCAAUCAAUAAACCAGCCGCAUCACAGCAAGAAGCUGACAGCCUCCUUCUCAUCCGCCUGCUCGAAUCGAACCGAUUUCUUUAAAUAUACCGCAAAAGGUUGAUUUGAAAGACUGAUCAACCGGGGUUGCUGCAAAUGUGCCGUUCGCGCGCUCAACUCUCUCAAUGACAACACGGUCUCCUACUGACGGAAACACUUUUUGCCUUUGGAAACAGGAGAGCGACACGCAAGUCUGUUUGUGUCACCUUACUGCUGUUGGGACACUCUGAGUGACUUGUUAUAUUUCAAAUAGGCUAUCGAAUAGUUGAGGCUGUCGCUGGAGUCGUGAUCAGCGGGUAUGAGACUGAGGGAAUCCGCCGCGGCUCGGAGAACUGGGCUGGCUUUCGCUCGGGAGCUACAAAGCUAGAUAUACAACUUUUGUGUUAGACUUUAUCUUUCUACAUGGAGCGAUCGGCAUCGCUGGACAUCGAGGCGCUGAAGAUGACUCAGGAGCAGUACAUCCUGGCAUCUCAGCCAAACCCCCUCCAAAGGCCGGGAUGUGCUACUGUGUACCCGGUGGGGAUUUAUGGCUGGCGAAAGCGCUGUCUCUAUUUCUUCAUCCUCCUCCUCCUCGUCACCAUGAUCGUCAACCUAGCCUUGACCAUCUGGAUUCUAAAGGUCAUGAACUUCACCGUGGAUGGCAUGGGAACUCUCCGCGUAACCAAAGAUGGCAUCAGAUUAGAGGGAGUGUCUGAGUUCCUCCUUCCACUUUAUGUGAAAGAGAUCAACUCCAGAAGGGACAGUCCUCUGGUCUUACAGUCAGACCGCAAUGUGACGGUGAAUGCACGAAAUAACCUUGGCCAGCUGACAGGGCAGCUCACUGUGGGCUCUGAGAUGGUAGAAGCCCAGUGUCAGCGGUUCGAAGUGAGAAGUAGUGAUGGUGAGAGAGUUCUCUUCUCUGCUGAUGAAGAUGAGAUCAGUAUUGGCACAGACAAACUGAGAGUCACAGGCAAUGAGGGAGUUGUGUUUAGUCAUUCAGUGGAAACGCCACAUGUUCGAGCUGAACCAUUCCAAGACCUGAAGCUAGAGUCCCCGACAAGGACACUGACACUGGAGGCCCCUAAAGGUGUUGAGGUCAACGCAGGAGUAGGGGAAUUCAAAGCUUCUUGUAGGAAAGAUCUCACUUUAGAGUCUUCAGAAGGAGAGAUCUUUCUAAACGCAAAUUCAAUCCGUCUUGGAAAUCUUCCACACGGGAAUGUGGACCCAUUGCUCGGUCCAGGGACCACGUACCCCAAACAGACUGUGUACGAGGUGUGCGUAUGUCCCAGCGGCAAGUUGUAUCUGUCUCCGGCAGAGAGCUCCUCCACCUGCCAGACCACAAACAGUGUGUGUCUCUGGAGCUGAGAAAGGUGGGUGGGCCAUGGACCACCCAGCACCAGAAAGGCCUUCCUUCACCUUUCCACUCCUGUUCCUUCCCUUCCUCCUCUCCUCUGACCUCAAUCCUAUCUUUUCUGUUAAGCCUUUUUUUAACCACCCAUCCAUCCCUCUGUCCAUUCCCCCAUCCAUUUGUCUAUUCAGUUUCUAUCUGUCGUGUCUGUCUGUCUGUCUAUCUAUCUAUCUGUCUAGCUAUUUAGCUAGCUGUCCGUCAUAAAAGUAUAUAUUUGUAUAUCUGUGUGUCUGUUUGUCUGUCUAUCUAUCUAAGUACCUGUCUAUCAAAAAAGCAACCUUGUGGCUGUCAGUGAGUCAGUUUGUCUGGCUAGCUAGCUGUUUAUCAUAAAGGCAUCUAUCUGUCUGUCUAUUUAUCUGGGGUGACCAUACAAGCUCUUUUUUCCCAGACACAUCCUGGCCAGGAUUUUUAUUUUGCCUAAAAUAUCCAGGUUUUGGCUUUGUUUUCCUGUUUUCAUACUUGCAUGACCAAUACCAUUCAGGCAUUGUACGUAAUAGACCAAUCGUGGUGCAUAAGAAGGUGGGAUCUACACAGAACCGUUAAAGCUAUCCAAAAAUGUGCAUAUAUUAGGUGUGACACUGCACAGACUGAUCGGUGUAUGACAUCAGUCAAACACAUUAUUUAGGCAAUGUAGAAAUCCUGGCCAGGAUGUGUCUGGGAAAAAGGGCACGAAAGGUCACCCUAGUUUAUCUGUGUGGCUGUCAGUCAGUCAGUCUGGCUGGCUAGCUAGAUGUCUAUCAUAAAAGCAUCUGUCAGUCAUAGGGUGGCCAUAUGUGCCAUUCAUAUGGGACACGUCCUGGCCAGGAAUUUAAUAUUGCCUAAAACAUCCAAAGCAGUUUGACCAAUAGCAUGCAGGUAUUGUACAUAAUCGACCAAUCAUGGGG